UCCUGCCUUGCAAUGAUGACAAGUGAGAUUUCCACACAGCGUGUUUACUGCACAAGCACGAAGCAGGAGAAAGUCCAGAGUUUGGUUCAUUGGGUGGAACAAGAGCGUGCAGAAAUGUGCUCUGAAGUUUUAAACCGCUGUGAAGUUAUUGGUCAACUGAGGAGAGAACUGUAUGGAGCCUCACUGUCCACUCACAAGGCCCACAUUUUCAUAAUCUUUGGAGCUUCAGGAGAUCUUGCAAAAAAGAAAAUCUACCCUACACUUUGGUGGCUUUAUAGAGAUGGCCUGCUCCCAAAUGAGACCUACUUUGUGGGUUUUGCUCGUUCUAAUCUAACUGUCCAUGACAUCAGAAGAGCAUGUCUGCCCUAUAUGAAGAUAACUGAUGAAGAGAGCAACUGCCUUACAGCUUUCUUCAGUAAAAACUCUUACAUUAGUGGAAAAUAUGACGAUGCCACCUCUUUUAACAAACUCAAUGCACAUUUAUUAUCUCUCCCUGAUGGAGCUGAGACCAACAGACUCUUCUAUCUGGCCCUGCCUCCUACUGUGUACCAAAGCGUUACCACUAACAUCAGUGCACACUGCAUCAGUCUCAAGGGUUGGAACAGGGUCAUAGUGGAGAAGCCAUUCGGUCAUGACCUUCAGAGUUCACAGGAGCUUUCCUCUCACCUCUUCUCACUGUUUAAAGAAGACCAAAUCUACCGCAUUGAUCACUACCUGGGGAAAGAGAUGGUGCAGAAUCUCAUGGUGCUAAGGUUUGGAAAUCGCAUUUUUGGGCCAAUCUGGAACAGGAACAGUGUGUCCUGUGUAGUCCUCACUUUCAAGGAGCCUUUUGGUACUCAGGGACGCGGAGGCUACUUUGAUAACUUUGGGAUUAUUCGUGAUGUAAUGCAGAAUCAUUUGCUUCAGAUUCUUUGUUUGGUUGCCAUGGAGACGCCUGCAUCUACUAACUCUGAUGAUGUGCGAGAUGAAAAGGUGAAAGUGCUGAAAUGCGUGGCGCCGGUCUCUGCCUCUGAUGUGGUCCUGGGACAGUAUGUGGGGGACCAUAGGGGGGAGGGGCAGGCCCGCUUUGGUUAUCUUGAUGACCCCACUGUCCCAGAUGCUUCAUGCACACCUACCUUUGCUACAGCAGUGCUCUAUGUCCAAAACGAGCGAUGGGAUGGAGUUCCCUUUAUUCUGCGCUGUGGUAAAGCCCUGAAUGAGAGGAAAGCAGAAGUGAGGCUACAGUUCACUGACGUCCCAGGGGAUAUUUUUGGAGGGAGGUGCCAGCGCAAUGAGUUGGUGAUGCGGGUGCAGCCGGAUGAGGCCAUCUAUCUGAAGAUGAUGACCAAAAGACCUGGAGUUUACUUCAGCCCCGAGGAGACAGAGCUGGACCUCACAUACAAGAGCAGAUAUAAGAAUGUGAAGUUGCCAGAUGCCUAUGAGAGACUGAUACUGGAUGUCUUCUGUGGUAACCAGAUGCACUUUGUCCACAGUGAUGAGUUGCGGGAGGCUUGGAGAAUUUUCACUCCACUCCUCCACAAGAUGGAGCAAGAAAAAACAACCCCUAUACCUUACACAUAUGGAAGCCGUGGUCCAACUGAGGCAGAUGAUCUAAUGCAAAGGGUUGGAUUUCAGUAUGGAGGGACAUACAAGUGGGUGCAGCCCCACUGUACAACAUGAUGCUCAAUGUUUACAUUUAACUUGAGGCCACAGGGGACUUGUUUACAGUGAUCCUUUUGACACUUGCAUGGACUUUUAUGAAUCACGUAGCAGCUAGAUAUGUAAUGUUCACCGUUAAAUUUUAGAAAUAAGUAAAAUACAUUUCACUUGUUUUAUAUUUUCACAAUUGAUUAGGCAACUCUUCAAAAUUAACAUUUAUAACUUUAAAACUGGUAACUUGAAAAUGUGUCACUCAAUGAAAACAGGUCACUUUAAAACCAGUACUGCACAAGGUAAGGUGAUUUUCAUUCUCAUAACCCAAAUAUUAACACUUAACACUAAACCAUCUGGAUGCUUGAUUUGAACCUUUUAUUCAUCCCAUAGUAAAAUCUGUUCUUUAUGUUGUGUAAUGUUAUGUCAUCUUAUCAUUUGUCUGUUUGGCAGGCACAUAGUCUGACCAGGAGUGUCCCAUCAGCAAUAAUGCCAGUACCAAUAACUGGAAGACUGUGGGAAAUCCAGCCAUAAGAACAUGUGUUUGAGCUGCCUCUCCUUUGGGGAUGGGCACACAUCUACACUUUAUCUAUGCAAUGCCAAGAACAUUGUGACCUAAAUAUACUUCUUAUUGGCCCAGUGA